AUGGCUAAAUCUAUCAGAGCCAAGUCCAAGCUUGCCGCUAAGGCCGUCAAGAGAAAGGGAGAGCCACAGAGGAAAGUGGAUGAGAGAAAUGCAAGGAUUGCAAUGCGUGCUGCCGGUAAGGAGCCUGCUCCUACCUCGAACAAGUUUGUUCACUCAAUUCCAGGCUACGAAGAGCCCGUGAAGGAGACUGUUGAAACUGAGGAACAGCCUGCCGAGGCUGCUGAGGUUGAGAUGGAAGUGGAUGCAAAGAAAGUGUCGACUUCUGGAUGGAAGACCAGCAGACAUACUGCGUACCAGCGGGCCAAGAAGUCCAAGUCGAGCAAGUUCAUGAAGUUCUGA